CGGUCACCGGCUCUGUGAUGGUUUGAUUUGAUUUCCAAACAAAUGCCAUUAUUUAUUUGUUGUGCGACUGAUUUUUUCACACCAUGAAUCGAAGACCGGGACCCCCUCAUGGGAGAUCUGGAACCGGACAAACGUUUAAUAUUCCGGGACCCGCCGGCUCACAAAAUGCUUACCAGGGCGGAGGUACUGGACAACAACAAGGAUUUCCACCGUAUAGUAAUGCCACCUCUAUGCCUGUGCCUGGUUCCUUCGGACCCGUGCCGAACUUUGGGAUGCCUUUUCGCCCAGCAGCAAACACGUUCCCCGCUCAGGUGCAACAAGGACAGAUACAGCCUCCUGGUUGGAGGCCACCACCAUUUCCAAAUUUCCAACUACCUGGUUUCCCACCGAAUCCAUUUCCAUCUAACCUUAAUCCUGGUCUGAUGCCAAGGUUCAUGUUAGACCAAGGUCAAGUUCUCAAUCAAGGCAUGCCUCAAAUAUUUCAACCUCCUCAAAGGUAUCAGAUGCAAUCACCAAGUACAUGUACAAGUGGUCUGUUCCCCGGUUCCCCGGCAGGGGCAGUAUCAUCAUCUGGAACUAACCAGACACAAUUUAAUAUUGCGGCUUCUAGUAAACAAUGUGGUACAGUGGAUCAAAGAACAGCAAAGGAAAGCUAUUCCAAAGAUCGCCAUCAUCAGAGAUCACAUGACGAGCGAUCACACGAGACAAGCAGUCACUCCUCACGCAAAGAUUCUGAUCAUCGUAACGACCACCAUCACCACCACCAUCAUCAUCAUCACAGACAUCAUCAUCACCGAACAUCACCUGGUCCAUCAGUUAGGAAAGAGGAAUCUAAACACCAUUCAUUGGAUCAUAGAAAACGUGAGAGUCAUCACCGUUCCCAUAGUAGCAGUAGAGAGCGCCGACCUGAUAGUCGACAUUUACACAGAGAAGAAAGAAAACAGUCUAGACGUAGUGAUGACGAGAGACAUCACUCAACUCCAAGAUCAAUUGAAAGAAGGGAGCACAGAGAUCACCGUAGUAAUUCUAAUACAGAUAAAAAACACCGCCUUCAUGAUAGAAGUUCUUCACUCUCACCUAAAAGAUCACGAUGGGAGCAUUUGGAGAAAGACAAUGAAAUGCGAUCGGAGGAUUUUUCUGUUUCGGAUUCCAAAGACAAGAAAGCAGUAAUAGAAGAGCCGAGUAAACCAGCUUGGAUUAGGUGUACACCCAUGGAAAAAUUCUACUCCGCUGAUCCCAUGGAUCAAAAGAAUGAUUCCACCGUAGCUGGCACUAGUAAAUUACGUGACAUUUACGACAAAUUCACGCAUGAUAUCACCAAGAGAGCAGAACGAGCUAAGAGCAAUCUAGAAUCCAAAAUUCCAAAUGAGUGCAGCAACAACGAGAGCAGCAGCAGCGAGAGCGGCAACGAGUCAGACAUGGACGACAUGGUGAAUUUUAGUCAGAUAGAUAAUGAGAUGCGCCGGAAGAAGGAACAUCCUCUUAGGUUGCAUGACGAACUCUGGUUUAAUGAACCGGGACAGAUGAAUGAUGGUCCUCUCUGUAAAUGUAGUUACCGAGCCAAACAAACCGGAAUCCGACAUAACAUUUAUCCCGGAGAAGGUAGCAUUCCUGCCUGUGAUCCUUUAACAAACAACGCUGGAAGGCUCCAUCAUUAUCGAAUUACAGUAUCACCACCGACUAACUUCCUUAGUGAUAGGCCGACCGUGAUUGAAUACGAUGAACACGAAUACAUUUUUGAAGGUUUCUCCAUGUUCUCACACUACCCAUUAGAAAACUUCCCAGAAUGCAAUGUGAUAAGGUUCAAUAUCGAGUACACUAUUCUGUUCCUCAAAGAACCGAUGCCCGAGAAUUUUUGUGUUGCUGGCCUUGACAGUUUCUGUGAUUUCCUCUUUGAAGAUAUUCUUGAACUGUUGGACUUUGACUUGAAAGGUAUGUAGUACAUGUACACCCCCCCUCUUUCCUGACUACGGCUCAAUGGAUGUCGCCGAUUCCAUUUCAUGCCAAGAUUUGUACGUAGUCUGCCAGAUAACGGUAAAGAAGUAUUGUCCAUGCACCAAGUCCUGCUGUACUUACUGAGGAGUAACCGCUCUUUGGUGGAAGACAGUGACCUGGCUGGUAUGCUGCAGAUGGAGGAACUAGAAUGGGAGAAAAUAGCUGACGAGACAAAGAACAUGAUUGUCACAUGUCCUGGAAAGAAGCCACCAGCACUGCGAAUCGACCAACUAGAUAGAGAACAAGACAGUAGCGUUUUCAUCAAGUACCCAAUUAUAGUACAUUUCGGUACCCGUCCUGCUCAGCUUAGUUACGCCGGUGAUCCAGGGUACCAGAAGCUGUUCAAAGCAUACCUGAAGAUGAGACACUUGCUGGCCAACAGACCCAAGGUGUCAUACGAGGACCGUCAGAAACUCAACGAGAAAGAAGAACAACUUCAGAAGAUGAGGUCGCGUGCUUGUAUGAAGCGAGAAGUGACGAUAGAGUUGAGUAGCGAAGGAACAUUACGAACUGGAAUCAGAUCAGAUAUAUGUCAGCAUGCAAUGAUGUUACCGGUAUUAGUGCACCAUCUCAGGUACUUUGCAUGUUUACACAUUCUGGAGAAGCGACUGGGAUAUACUUUUACAGAUAGACCUUUGCUUAAGCUUGCAAUGACUCAUCCAUCACAUCAUUUGAACUUUGGAAUGAAUCCCGAUCACGUCAGAAUUGCCAUGUCAAACUGCGGAAUUCGACAACCAGAAUACGGAGAUAGAAAGAUACGACAUGAACAUACUAGAAAGAAAGGUAUCAAUACUUUGAUUAAUAUAAUGUCCAGGAUGGCAAGUGUUAGUGAAAUAAAAUCUCGAAUUCAUCACAACGAAAGACUGGAGUUUCUUGGAGAUGCAAUCUUAGAGUUUGUAACAAGUUCACACCUGUACUUUCUGUUUCCACACCUGGAGGAGGGAGGGUUAGCCACAUACAGAAUGGCAUUGGUACAGAAUCAGCAUUUGGCUGUUCUAGCAAAGAAACUUGAUCUUGAUCAUUAUAUGUUGUAUGCCCAUGGUCCCGAUCUCUGUCAUAAUGCUGACUUACGACACGCCAUGGCCAACUGUUUUGAGGCAUUGAUGGGGGCGCUGUACCUAGAAGCUGGUCUUGACAGAGUGAAGGAGGUCUUCUGUAAUUUGUUGUUUGAUAGUGAUGAUUUGAGAGCAAUCUGGAUGAAUCAUCCUAUGCAUCCACUUCAGCAACAAGAACCAGAUGGUGAUCGACAUCUUAUAGAAUCUUCACCAGUUUUAAAGAAACUCGUAGAAUUUGAAGAAAUCACUGGAAUUGUAUUCAACCAUAUCAGAUUACUUGCCAGGUCAUUUACACAGAGAACUGUAGGGUUUACAAACCUUACAUUGGGUCACAAUCAACGUUUAGAAUUUCUCGGCGAUUCCGCCAUGCAGCUUGUCGCAUCAGAAUAUUUAUUUAAACACUUUCCAGAUCACCAUGAAGGACAUCUCUCUCUGUUGAGGAGUUCCUUGGUAAAUAACCGUACUCAGUCGUAUGUUGCUCAAGAACUCGGCAUGGAGGAAUAUAUCAUAAAACUAAACAGGAACAGAGAAAAGGAAAAGCCUGCAUUGAGAGUAAAAGUACUUGCUGAUUUACUAGAAGCGUUUCUGGGAGCGCUGUUUGUGGACAAAAAUAUUGAAUGGUGCAGAGUAUUCUGUGAGGUGUGUUUCUUCCCAAGACUUAGGGACUUCAUUAUGAAUCAAGACUGGAAUGACCCCAAGUCACAACUACAGCAGUGCUGUCUGACACUCCGUACUGAAGGACUGGAGCCUGAUAUACCAGUCUACAAGAUCGUGAACCAGAUUGGUCCCUCACAUUCCCGCAAAUACACAGUAGCAGUUUAUUUCAAAUCUGAAAGACUAGCCAUUGGUACAUGGUCCAGUGUUCAACAGGCUGAGAUGAUGGCAGCCAAGAAUGCUUUGGAUAAUUAUGAGUUCCCGCAGCUAAAACACCAGAAGAAAUUCAUUGAGUACAAAUACAAGAAAACUAUUCAGAAAAAAGGCCAUGAGAGACCUGAAAAAGACAGACGUCAAAAGAGUACAACUUCAAGAUCUUCAGAAAUUUGAUAAAUAUUUGUCUGGACACAAUUUUAUUAGCGAAGAAGAAAAAAACAAGUGCAACAGGGUCAUGUAUUCCCCUAUGUUAGUGACUAUGAAUGUCCCCUAUGUGAUAUAUCAUGUAGCAAUGGGUUUCUGGCAUGAUUCACAGGAUGAGUGGAUUCAACUUACAGUUAAAAGAGAUGUAUGUGUUAAAAUUCUGCAUACACCUGCAAUAUUAACAGGACAGACUGAGCCUAACGUAACUCAAGCUAGCUUUGCCUUUUCAUAGAAAGCUUUUUGAAUUUUUAAAGUGAGUAUCAUUCUCACAAAUAAUUUUAACUUAUUUUUUGCCUUAGUAAGAGACGUUUUUAUAGUAGACAGAUUACCCUGGGACAUUUAGAUAAUUGUUGAUUUUAAAAACAAAUAAGCUGGUAUGAACAUCUGCUAACAUGGAUGUUGUUAUCCCUCAAUACUACAGUAAAAUGUUACAGGAUUUCAGCUCCUGUCAAUGUAUUAGCAAGUUUAUGCAAUAAUAUUUGGCAAACAUACCGGUAGAUGGUGAAAUAGGAUUGUUAUAACAUAGAUUUUGUUUAUCGGGGAUGAAUACAGGUGCUUGUCUGCCAUUAGCAUUUCUAUCACAUGCUGUGACAAUGAGACUGGUGUCCCACAAUGCCUUGGUGCAAUUUUUUUUGAUAUGCUUUGCCUGUCAUCUGUAAUGAGUGCAAUUUCUGAGCCCUGCUACCAGUAGCUGUCUCUUUGGGUUUUAGGGAAUUUAUUGGAAAUAAUUUUUUUUUCAAAAGUGACAAAAUGUUUUCCUGAAGUGAUUUGACUGUAGAUAAUAAGUCAAGUUAAGUAUUAGUUUUGUUGAUGUCAAUGUAUAACAAUAAGAAACAGUUGCUCAGUUUCUCCAUGCACCUUGGUUAGGUCACUGAGCAGGUUGUAUGCAAACAAGGCUUGGGGUCACUGCAUGGCACUGAAUAUAUUUGUUAAGCUCAAUUGAUGAUGGGAUGGUACUGUGUGAAAGAUGUAUCUAGCCAGCUUAAA